AUGUCUGAUACCAACCUUUCAAAAAAUGACUUGGAGGAAAUCUGCCGAGGCUUUCGCAUUUCUACAGAAGGAACCAAAGCUGAGUUAGUACAAAGAAUAAGGGACUAUUCAAGUGCUGAAAAUCGUACGAGACCUGAACAAACUGUAAAAUCAAAAAGGGAUACAUAUCUUGUUGGUGAAGAGGAUGGUUCAUCAAGGGGAAAAACAAAAAUUCCACGAUCAAGAUUCGCCACCCCUCAAGAUGAGGAAGGACAAAGCUCGCAACAUCAUUUAGUGAAGAAUACAUAUGAAACGUUAAAGAAUGUGAGAAAAUGCAGGCUUCAUGAAGAAGACGAAAAUGAAGUGGCCAUUCAG